UGCCUCUUGCACCACUUCCACUAACCCCGGAAAGCCUAACUUUCCUGCCAUGCAAUCCUCUUCCUAUCAUGUACCUCCUUUGUAUCCUUGUCCCACCCAUCUCUGACAGAAAGGCUAUUACAUGUCUAACUUUACGCAGUUCGGAGGAAAGGUCACAUAGAUGAAAACACUCUGUGCAGAUGCUGCUGUAAACUGCUGAGUAUUUGGAGCUGAGAUAACAAAGUGUGGAGCUUUUUCCCUCUGUUUUCACUGCGGAAUUGCAGCAUCCACUGUAGUGUGCUUUGGGAAAAUGUUUACUCUGGAGACACCAGACAUCAUUGUGAUUCUCGUUUACUUUGUGAUUGUUGUUGGUAUUGGAAUAUGGUCAUCUGUAAAAGCCAACCAGAGUACGGUGGGAGGAUAUUUUCUUGCUGGAAAAGCCAUGACCUGGUGGCCUAUUGGAGCAUCACUCAUGUCCAGUAAUGUGGGCAGUGGCCUGUUUGUCGGAUUGGCAGGAACAGGAGCUGCAGGAGGUAUUGCUGUUGGAGGUUUUGAAUGGAAUGCUUCUUGGGUUCUCGUGGCACUUGGCUGGAUUUUUGUUCCUGUGUACAUUGCUGCUGGUGUGAUCACUAUGCCUGAGUAUUUGAAGAAAAGGUUCGGAGGACAGAGAAUCAGAAUCUACAUGUCUGUGCUUUCCCUUAUCCUGUACAUGUUCACUAAGAUAUCGACUGACAUUUUCUCUGGAGCCCUUUUCAUCCAAGUUGCAUUGGGUUGGAAUCUCUACCUUUCUACAGUGGUUCUGCUGGCAGUGACUGCCUUUUACACAGUAGCUGGUGGGUUGACGGCUGUGAUUUACACAGAUGCUCUACAGACGGUGAUUAUGGUGGUUGGAGCUAUCACACUUAUGUUCAUUGGAUUUCACAGAGUUGGUUGGUACUCAGGACUGGUGGAGAAGUAUUUCCAGGCAAUUCCUAACGUUACUGUGCCAAACACUACAUGUCACAUUCCACGUGCUGAUGCUUUCCACAUGUUUCGAGACCCAGUCACUGGUGAUAUCCCUUGGCCUGGGCUCAUAUUCGGUCUUACAGUGCUUGCUACAUGGUGCUGGUGCACUGAUCAGGUAAUUGUACAGAGGUCCCUUUCAGCAAGAAACCUUUCUCAUGCUAAAGCAGGGUCAGUUUUUGGAGGAUACCUGAAGAUGAUGCCUAUGUUUUUUAUUGUUUGGCCAGGCAUGAUUAGUAGAGCACUUUUUCCAGAUCAGGUGGCCUGUGUGGAUCCUAACGUGUGUGAAUCUGUCUGCGGGGUCAGAGUUGGGUGUUCGAACAUAGCGUAUCCGAAACUGGUGAUGGAACUCAUGCCUGUGGGCUUGAAGGGACUAAUGAUAGCAGUGUUGAUGGCUGCUUUAAUGAGUUCACUCACCUCAAUCUUUAACAGCAGCAGCACACUCUUCACCAUGGACAUCUGGCAGAGAUUUCGGUCAAAUGCCACUGAACUGGAGCUGAUGAUUGUUGGCAGGAUAUUUAUUGUUUUCCUAGUUGUCAUCAGUAUAUUGUGGAUCCCCAUUAUUCAGACAGCUAACAGUGGCAAGCUGUUUGACUACAUUCAGUCCAUUACAAGUUACCUCGCACCACCAAUCACUGCACUCUUCGUUAUGGCAGUAUUCUGGAAGAGAGUAAAUGAGCAGGGUGCUUUCUGGGGCCUUAUGGCAGGACUGGCUGUGGGUCUAAUUCGAAUGAUCAUUGAGUUUGUUUAUGACGUUCCAUCAUGUGGUGAUGUGGAUAACAGACCUGGCAUCCUCAAGAAUAUGCAUUACCUUUACUUUGCUUUGCUACUGUGUAUACUUACUGCGAUUGUUAUCGCUGCUGUCAGCCUAGUGACUCCACCCAUUGAGGAAGAAAAUCUGGUUCGAUUAACAUGGUGGUCUAGAUAUGAAGAAGCCCCAGUUACUAAAUCGGAUGAUUCCUGGAUCCAACAAAAGACAGAUGAGAGUAAUGAUGAAGUGCAGUCUGUUAAGGAGGAUGAAGGACUACAUGAAGGAGUGGAACCACCCCCAUGGAAAAAGCUAUUGUUUUGUUUAUGUGGUCUGAAGGUACAGCAGAAACCUGAACUCUCAAAAGAGGAAAGUGAUGCCAUCCAGAAAAAGUUAACCAGCAUUGAAGAAAAACCUUUGUGGCAAAAAGUGUGCAACAUUAAUGCUGCCAUCCUGUUGACAGUUAAUGUCUUCUGCUGGGCAUAUUUUGGCUAACAAGAAUGUUGGGAUUUUAUUUAGUGUUUUAUUUAGGGUUUGUUUUAUAUCUCAUUAGUGAAAUAAGUGUUUGUAGCAAGACAUUUAUCAAAACAGUUCGAAAAGCAUUCAUUUAUGUAUUACUGAUUGCUGCAGUUAAAAUCGUGUCUUCUGUGCUGGACUGCUCUGCAUGCUGUAAAGAGACACUUUGCUGAAAUAAAUAGUAA